AUGGGGACUACCGAUGCAGAUUUCCUAACCUCCUCAGCCUCCAUCCUCGUGGCGUUGGUGACAAUUAUCUUUCUACUCCACCGAACAUGGCCUCAUUUAUCUCAACCAAAAGUUGAUGAAGUCACUGGAUCUACUGUAAUAACCUCUUCAAACGACUCAGGCUUGACCGUUUCCAAAGUAUCGGACAUCCCAGAAGGAUGGUGGAACGGUCGGAAAGUCUUCGAGCUCGAACGGCGCGCACUCUUUAGCCAAACAUGGCUCUAUCUUGCCCACUGCUCCCAGUUCCAAAAGCCCGGUUCCUAUCAAUCUUUCGACGUUGCCGGGUUCCCGGUCUUCCUCAUUCGCGGUAAGGAUGACAAGAUCCGCGCUUUCCAUAAUAUCUGUCGCCAUCGUGCCUAUGCCAUCACCAGGAAAGAGACUGGUGCCUCGGCUAUUCUUGGUUGUCGGUACCAUGGCUGGAGCUAUGAUUCCACUGGUCGGCUGGUGAAGGCCCCUCACUUUGAUGAUGUUCCCGGGUUUGAUAAGUCGCAGAAUAGUCUAUUUGAGGUCCAUACGCAUAACACUGAUCAAGGGAUGAUUUUCAUGAAUCUCAAUUGUGGUGAGCCGGCUGCAUUUGGGAGUGAGGUGGCUUCGACUUUGAGUGGAUUUGCGCGCAUGGCUAGUCUAGAAGCGAAAUCCACGUGGGUUGCUGGUCAGACAUUGUCGGGAGGCUUCAAUUGGAAGGUUGGAGCACGAGCUCGUCACCUCGAAGUCUAUACCAGCCAGCUACAUCGCAGAAUGUCUGAAGUAUCGGGACCCUCUCCUGUCAUGAAUCUUGUCAGGUCUGUUACGCGGAAGAGCACCCUUGAAGAGUAUUCUUUGUUCCCUACUACGCAUGUUUAUUCAUUUCGGAAUGCGGAUUUAUGUCUCGCCCUUUCCUUCUUUCCCGCCUCUGAGUCGAAGACGAAUAUUCGCUUCGACCUCUUCGCCCGCUCCGCCGUGAAUGAACCGGAAAUUCAGAAAAUGUCCGAGGUAUUACAGAGCGCGACGAAGAAUUUGAUUGGAGAGAUUGAGCUUGAAUAUCAAUACAUAUUGUCCAAGCAAGGGUCCUCGGGCGAGUUAAAUAACACAGACACUCUUCAAAUCUUGGGUCAACUCAAGGAGCACACAAAGCUCGAACGGAUCGAAGGGGGUCAGAUCCUUCCAGCUAUGCACAACCCAGAAGGAAGCACUCUAUUCCAAAGAGCAGAACAACAGCUAGACUGUGUUGGCGAUGGAUCACAGAAUUCAUCACAGAAUGAUACUUCGCCAAAUGCACUUGACUGGUAA